AUGCCUUCGUCAGAUACGUCGAGACCUCUCCCCGCCGAUGGACCUACAGCAGGCGGAGACGAAUUGGACGACCUCUUCAAUUACGACGUAGACGAUAUCAAUGAUCCUUUCAGCGAAAACUACGUGGUUCCUGGCAGCAAGGAGAGGGCGAAAGAGGCGGCAGCUAAAGCAAAAGCUGAUGCUGACCUGGGAAUCGACAAGAAACUUGAAAUCACACGGGCACCAAGAGCUCCACGGGUGAAGCUUGACGAGGACAGACUCCUUUCAGCAAAUGGUAUCCCGAAGUUACGGGCCAAGGCAAAGCACCAUCUGAAGUUCAAGGGGAAAGGCCAUGAAUACUCCGAUGCCUCCAGACUACUCUCCUUCUACCAACUCUGGCUCGACGAUCUCUUCCCCAAAGCCAGGUUCCUGGACGCUCUAGCAAUGGUCGAGAAAACAGGACACAAGAAACGCUUACAAAUGAUGAGAAUGGAAUGGAUCAAUGAAGGCAAACCUCAGUCGUCCGUUCACGAGGGUUCCCUAUUUGACGAGCCCGUGCUCCCAGCAAGAGAAGAUGGUGAACGAGAGAAGACUGCUCCGAGAGUUGCACCUAUAUUCGAGAAGAGGUCGAGUGAGAGGCCAAAGACACCAGUUGCAAAUGCUGGAGCGGAUAUCGAUGAUGAUAUUUAUGAUGCUACGCCGAGACCGAGAAGACAACAACCUGCGGAGGAGCCUGUUUCUCAAACUGAUUCUCUGUUUGGUGGGGGUACGCAGAGCAUUUUUGGACCUGCAAAGACGGUUGUCGAAAAUGGUCCGGAUGAGGAUGAGCUUGAUGCGUUGAUGGCAGACUUCGACGAGGAGGCUUUACAACGAGAUACUCAGCGUUCGGUUGCAGUAGAAAAACCAGUUACCGCAGUAACUCAGGAUAUUGGUGACGACGAGAUGGAGGCUAUGGCAGAGAUGGAUAUGGGUGACAUGUGGUGA